UCUUCUCUCUUGUUCUUCUUUCUCGGUUUUUUUUUUUUUUGGUGAGUUCGACUGUAACGAUCUGUUUGAUUCUCUCGUCUGCAUUGGAGAGUCGAUAUACUUUUGCAAAGGUAUCGGAAUGAAGCAAUCAAAGGACCCAUUCGAAGCAGCAUUGGAGGAGCAAGAGGAAUCGCCACCUGAUUCCCCAGUUGGUGAGGAUGAGCUGAACAGCCAAACUCCAAAUGAACCCCAGAACCAAACCGAUGGUGGACACAAUUUACUUGUAGAUGAUGAUGAUUAUGAUGACAUGGGUCCCAACAUAAAAAAUCCCUCUCAUCCAUCAUCAAGUUCAACUCCUAAGUUGCACUCUACAAGUGUUAAUGCUAAUGUUGCUACUAGAGCUACCACCAAGAACAAAGAAUAUGAUGAUGACGAAGAGGAGGAAAAUGUGGAAGUUGAGCUUAGCAAGUUCCCUUCUAGUGCUGACCCUGCUAAAAUGGCCAAGAUGCAAGCCAUUUUAUCGCAAUUCACAGAGAAUCAGAUGAGUAGAUAUGAAUCAUUUAGGAGAUCUGCGCUUCAAAGGUCUAACAUGAGAAGGUUGUUGGUAAGCAUAACUGGCAGCCAGAAAAUUUCUUUACCAAUGACCAUUGUUGUGUGUGGUAUAGCGAAAAUGUUUGUCGGUGAACUCGUGGAGAAAGCUAGAAUAGUCAUGACAGAGAGAACAGAAUCCGGACCAAUCAGGCCUUGCCACAUUAGAGAAGCUUAUAGAAGAUUGAAGCUUGAAGGCAAAGUGCCUAAGAGAUCAGUGCAAAGGCUGUUUCGCUAAGCAGAUCAAGAAACAAGCUCGGUCAUCAAUUAUCAGGUCUUUUUACAUGGUUUGCACAUUUGACUACACUUGUUAAACUAAUUUCUUUUGAACCUUAUUUUACCUUUCAUCCUAUAUUCAUGUCAAUAUAGAGGUAGGUAGAUCCCUGUAGGCCAUAAAUCAAUGUAUAUUUUGUGUUUGCGUUAGGCUUGGGAUGUUUUGUUCAACUACAAAAUCUUAAGUACAACAAUCACUUUGCGAAAUGUGACUGAUCUUCCGGCUGACUUAAUUUGCGAGCUUCAACGAGUGUAAUUUAUGGAAAUUACAGUUCCUUAUGAUUUCAAUUCAAUUCAUUUGUAUGA